GGAAGAACUCGCAAAGUGAUCAGCCUCAGCGGCGACUUUUAUUCAACUUCAUGUAAAUCGCCCACCUUCGUACCGAAUAGUCUGGCCUUCUCUUCUAUCCUUAGUUGAAGCCUUAGUAUUUUGCAGAGACACUUUCCUUUAUCCAAGUCACCCAUCGAAAAUUCUGGUCUCUAAGUACAACAAGUUAUGUCUUUAGCCAGGGUGACUGAAUGGCGAAAACUGCCGCUCAGUCUGGCUGAGCUGUGCGUCGACACGACUCUUCGAUGUGGCCAAUCUUUUCGAUGGCGGAAAGUCAAUGAUAUGUGGUGCUGCACGUUGUAUGGUCGAAUUGUGUCAUUAAAGCAAGAUUCAACUCACUUGCAUUAUAAGGUCACUUGGCCUACGAAACCAACUUAUCCGCUCACCCCUCCAACUUUUGACGGCGAAGCUAGUGGAGACGACACAGAGGAAUUACUACGGCAUUACCUGAGCCUCAAGUUGGACCUAAAGUCCUUGUAUGAGGAAUGGUCGAAAGCAGAUGCCAACUUUCGCAGGAGGGCGCCAGAGUUUGGAGGUGUUCGGAUGCUGAGCCAAGACGCAUGGGAGGCUUUGAUUUGUUUCAUCUGCAGUAGUAACAACAAUAUCUCCAGGAUAUCACAGAUGGUUCACAAGCUGUGUCUACACUACGGUCCGCUCAUUGGCAAGAUUGGGGACGAAACGUUUCAUGAUUUCCCAGCGCCCGAGGCUCUAACGGGAAGCUCAGUUGAGGCACACUUGAGGGAACUCGGGUUUGGCUAUCGCGCCAAGUACAUUGCGCAGACAGCCUCGAUUGUGGUCAACGACAGGCCCAAGGGAUGGUUCGAGAGCCUCACCAACCCAGAGAACCCUUGCUACAUCAAAUCGGCCGAGGGGUCCAAGCUGCCCAAGUGCACAUACAAAGAGGCACACGAACAGCUGCUUCAACUGUCGGGCGUAGGCCCCAAGGUGGCCGACUGCGUCUGCCUGAUGGGCCUGGGCUGGGGUGAGGCCGUGCCGGUGGACACGCACGUCUGGCAGAUUGCUCAGCGUGACUACAAGUUCGGCAAGACCAAAACCAAGACGUUCAACAAGGCGAUGUACGAUGCCGUGGGAGACCAUUUUAGGGAGCUCUGGGGCAAGUAUGCGGGCUGGGCGCACUCUGUGCUCUUCACGGCAGACCUCAAGAAAUUUUCUGAGCGGACGGUGAAGAAGGAAGAAGACCAGACGGUGACAGUGAAGAAGGAGGUCACCGUUGACCAAGAGGCGCCAAUUUUGGGACAGAAGCGCAAAGUUGUGAAGACGAAGGUCAAGGUUGAGGUUGAAUAUGAGGCGCCCGACACUGCCCUGCUGGAAUCAUCGCCGAAACGGAGGAGAACACGAUUGCAAGCUCGAAAGACGAGCUAAUUUUCUAGCAUAUCUUGUCAAGGGGCUGUCUGCACCCAGCUUCCCAUUCUUGGGAGAGAAAGCUUUGCAGGUUUAGUAUAUCGGCAUAUAUAGGCAGAACCAUUCAAAACCGUAAGAUAGUAUCUCUUCUCUACUCUAAUGUAAGUGAAGCCAGAGGAAAAUCAGAUUUACGCCGCUUUCUUUGUUG